UUUUAAAAUCUUGGUUGCACAGAUAUUUUUAACACUUCUGCUUAUUAUCAUACUUGCCACGCCUAAUCCUGAAUAAAUGACAAACCAACAAAUUUCGAUUGGCUAACGGGGGGGGUCUUGCGGGGAUUUGUUGGCCGUUUUGUCCCGAGUCUCGGUGAGAGUCGGAAGUCAGUAUUUGUCGGCAUUUAUUUACUUAUGCUUGUUGAAUGAACACUGCAGCAAUUUUGGGUUUUUAUUGCGGCUCUCUGCCUUCUUUACAUCUUCAUAAAAUCUGAUCACUGACAUGCACCGUGCGUUGUGCCCAUAGCUGAACUUGCAAUUGCUUUACUUCACUAGUCAGCCUGCUAGUGUUAUGAUGAACCUGCUUCACGGUCUGCUCGUCUCCGAAGCCGAGGAGAUGCGCCUCCUCGAGCUGAUGUCCUAUGCGAUGCUUCUCAUGGCGGCCGUAACUUUUUUCUCUCUGCUUUUCGAGGACGUACCCUACGGCAGGUACGCCAGCAGAAAGUAUGGCUUUCCCGUGGGCGCUAAGUUUGCUUGGUUUGUUCAGGAGCUGCCUGCGCUCCUGAUCCCUCUCUUCCUGUUGCUCGGCACGUCCGCCUCCAAACUGGACCGUCUACCCAACCGUUUGCUGCUUGUCAUGUACUUCUGCCACUACUUACAAAGGUGUCUCAUUUACCCGUUUUUAAUUCGAGGGGGGAAAGGGACCCCCUUCGUAUCCUUCCUACUCGCCUUUGUUUUCUGCGUGUACAAUGGGUAUCUCCAAGGUAGAUAUCUGAGCCACUAUGCAGAUUACCCGGCAGGCUGGGUUACACACCCCGCCUUUGUCUCAGGAUCCAUAAUGUGGCUGGUGGGGUUUCUGAUAAACCUACAUUCGGAUCACAUCCUCAGGAAUCUCCGGAAACCCGGGGAGACAGGCUACAAGAUCCCACCUGGAGGCCUCUUUGAGUAUGUGUCGGGAGCCAACUUCCUGGGCGAGAUCGUGGAGUGGGCAGGGUUUGCCUGUGCCGGCUGCUCCGUUCACAGCGCGUCGUUCGCCGUCUUCACGCUUGUGGUGCUGUCCAGCCGGGCCGCGGCCCAUCACAGAUGGUACUUGGAAAAAUUUGAAGAUUACCCGAAAGGCAGAAAAGCUUUAGUGCCUUUCUUGUACUGAGUCUGCAACAUGGAAGCGGCAUGGAGGAGACGUGAUCCGACUGAGUAACUCGAGCAGCUUGUAUCAAAGAAAAAUGCUGUGUCCAUCCUUUGGAUACAUUGUGGCUUCAGUGAAGACAACGCCAAACAAAAAGAGGUCAAAUGUAAACACUGGAAAAAAAAAAAAAGUUUCAGUUACCAAAGGUAAUACCACCAAUCGAUUUUAACGCUAGCAAUAUUUAAAAUACAGUAGAAAACGCUUUUAUAGAUCAAAAAGCUUGGGACAGAAUCCUUCCUGUACAAGUAUCGUUUAAAUCGCCUAUAGUAGUCAAGUAGUCUGCUUACAGUGUUCAUUUUCGGUAUUUUUAUACAUAACAUGGGAAAAAAUUACGGUAAUUCUUUUCUUUACUUGCCUACUUUGCCUUGUGGUAACCCUUCUGCUUCUGGCUAGCUACCUGAGGCUCAUGCUACAUGCGCAGAAAACAUGACAGGAAAAAGAAAGUAAUUUUGUCUAAAUCACGAAUAUAUACUCAUCAAAGUUUAUCAUAAACUGUCAAAGACGAGACAAAAGAGAUGCAGUAGUGAAACUACAAUAAGCUAUAUUUUAUGUAGGCCUACAGAAUUGUACUGUAUUAUAGCGCCGCAAUUCUCAAACUGAGGGUCGUUGCAAGUUCAGAAAGUGUCACGAAGCAGAUGCCUCUAGACCGAGUUCGACGUGCGAAACCGGUGUUCCUGUGUUCGAUGUAAAUUUUUGUGUGCUUUAUCUACAGAACAUUUAGGGAUACAGUAAUCGUGGGCCCUAAGAUAGCAGUGAUAGCAGCAAACCAAAUAGUAGUGUAUUGAGAGUAGCUGUAGAACUUAAAAAAGAAAUUAUAGCGAGACUUGAAGGUGGUGCACGUGUGUCUGCUUAUAGGAUUGUCUGAGUAUAGGAUUGUCAUUUGUUUAAUGUAUAUCGCUUUUGUAUGUGUGAUUUUUUUGUGUGUGUAUUAGUUUUAUUUUGAUUGUCAGUGCUUUUUAUCAUUAGUUAGAUAGAUAAGUUGCUGUAAUGGCAUGCAGUUUCUUAUCGUCAAAAUUAAAUUAAAUGGUCAAGUUGA